AUGAGUGAAAAGAGGAAAUCUGAAGCUUUUCAAGCGGCAUCUAACCAUUGGGCCAAACGAUUUAAAACAGAAUCUAAACAGUCGCAAGAUGGCAAGACAGAUUGUGAAGAUGUUAGGCAACCUGAUACAACCUCAGUAGCUAUAGCUAGUUUCCCAUCUCAGCUAAAACUUUUGUAUAACCCAAGCUAUCCCGAAAAAGAACUUCCAAGUGUGAAUCAAGAUACAUUACGCAUCCGCGACCUAAUUGGGUCAGCGCUUUUAAAGGAAACAUAUCAAUUUAACUUCAACGUUGAUCUCCCUUUCUUCCUUUCCUUCUUGCAUCCGACGUUCAAAAGAGAGGAGAGAAAAAUUGUCUUUAUAACAGGUAGUAGACUAUUAGAUCCCAGUUUUGAAGAAACUGAAUCGAUUAAAGCUAACUACAAUAUACUGGAGGUUCAAGCACACAUUCCAAGCAGAUUCGGAACGCACCACACGAAAAUGAUGAUAAACUUUUAUACUGACGAGUCAGUUGAAGUCAUCAUUAUGUCUUGCAAUUUUACGAGACUCGAUUUUGGUGGUUUAACACAAAUGAUUUGGCGAUCUGGGAGAUUGAUUCUUGGGAAUACUACAGGUGCAAAAAGCUCAAAGUUUAAAAGCGAUCUAAUAGCGUACUUACGCACGUAUGCUAGGCCACAAAUUGACUAUCUUGCUAAAUUAUUGGAGCCAUACAGUUUUCUGGGAAUAGAUGUCGAAUUGAUUGCAUCCUCUCCAGGCAAAUAUGAUUUAAACAGUGAAGGGCCACACUAUGGAUAUGGAAGCUUGUACAACGCAUGCAAACGCAAUAACCUCUUGAUUGAUAACCGGGACAAAUCUCGUCACUAUAAUGUUUUAGCCCAAACUUCCGCAAUUUCAUAUCCCUUUUCUGUUGAGAAAGGUGCCACAGCGGGAAUAUUCACUCACUUGCUUUGCCCAAUGCUUUUCUCAAAGAAUGGAGAGUUCAAAUUGUUAGCUCCAGGAAUUCAGAGCUUGCGUCGGCAUCAGUCAGAGCACAAUUAUACACCUUCCAUUAUCUUUCCAGCGGUUAGUGAGGUUGUUUCUAGUACCAUUGGCUUUGCUGCAGGACAAGCUAUCCAUUUCGACUACUCUCGAUCAUUUAUUCACAAAAACUACUACCAACAAGCAAUCAAGCCGUAUUUGAAAAAAUGGAACUCAAGUCUGUCUAUGCUGCUUGCAGGGAGGGAGCAGGUUAUGCCACAUGUGAAAUUAUACAUGUGCGACAAUGGUGAUAACUGGAGAUCUAUUAAAUGGUGCUAUAUGGGAAGUCAUAAUUUAUCUAAACAAGCCUGGGGUAGCAGAAAAGGUAACAAGUUUGUAAAUGAUGAUUCCAGUCAGUAUGAGGUGAAUAGCUACGAGUUGGGUGUUCUUGUGGUUCCAAAACCAAAAACUGAAAUGAAACCAAGCUAUCUUAAGGACCUAGGCUCGGAGGAAGGAGUGACAUACGUCCGAAUGCCUUUUAAACUCCCGCCUACAGCAUAUUCUGAAAACGACAAGCCUUGGAGCGGGCACGCUUCGUACGGAGAGUUGCGCGAUAGUAAGGGGAAUACUUAUAAUUUACCAGAAUGA